UUACUGUGAAACAAUACUCGAGUCGAUCCUCGGCAGCGAAGUCCAUCGUCUUCAGUGGCUGAGACCCAAAGAGCUAGAGAGAAUCAGAGAGAGAGAGAGAGAGAGUGCUGAAUGGGAUACAUACAGGAAGCGCGCGAGAAUCACGUGAAAAAGAAGGUAGAAGAAGGUAUGUAUUAUGCGGAAUGCUCAUAUGGGAGAACCAUUUCUGUGGUUUGGCAGUGUCGGCAACAAGCUAAGGAAUUAAACGAGUGCCUUCACCAAUUCACAAACGAUGACGUCUUGGAGGAAAUGAAGAGAGACUACAUGCUUCAACAAGAUGGGAAAGUGUCUGCAAAAGUCUGAGCUUUGUGCCUCUCAACAGAAACUGAGCAUUGUCGUAGAAUUUUUUUAUCACGUAUUCUGGCGACAUUUUUUUUCUUCAAAGGGAUAUGCUAAUCAUCACUUGGUUCAUAUUUUCACAGAUUCUUAAGUUGCAUGAUUUUGUUUUCUUCUGUGGUUCAGCCAAUGAACAGGAGUAGUGUAUGAAGUAUUUUCGAAUGAAACUUAUGAAUUUACUAAAGAUUUCAUACA